AUGAAAAUGGCGGAGGGAUGUGUUGUUGGAGGAGGAAGGGUUAUAGGUACAAAUGUCGAGAACAACAAACACAAUACAGAUCUGUUGUUACACCCCGAGCUCCUUUCCCCGGAUUUUAUUCUGUUUACAUUACUGGAGAAAAAGAUUUCUGUCGACAAUGAGAAGUAUGCAGACAAAGAUAGACUCACAGACCUGUACCUUCAGCACAUCAUUCCCUUGCCUCAGAGAGACCUGCCAAACAGCCGAUGGGGAAAACGGAUGGAAAAGAGGAGAGCAUCCCAAAGACUUUGUUCUGGUGCUGAUGGUUCAAGAAAAAGACCAAUAUGUUUUGAUGGAAGUUCAACAAGUACCAGCAUAAAACUGAAAAAGAUAGAGGCAGGAGCCACAGGUCGCUUAAAGCCCCCUCCAUCUGGGAAUCUACCCAACACCAUCCGGAGAUUGUCAGGCACUUCCACCAACUGCUGCUCUGAUAGUUCCUUGAGCAGUACUGCCAAUAACUCCACUGAGCACCUUCCUGAGAGGGUGGUCAAACAGAACAGUGCCACUACCAGUUACCACAACCCGAAUGGGAAUGUCAAAUCAACACCCACCACAUUGACAGAGGCACAUACAGGAGGAACAUCAAGUAUGAAAUUAAAAAGAGCGGCGCUGAAAGAAGGAGACCCUGAAGUGGUGGGAGAAUUUAAAUCACCAGAGACUAAGAAGAAAAUUCAGCAUGUUACCUGGCCGUGAAUUUGUUGCAGACAGUGACCUAUCUUCCAAAGUAACAUCUACAACUCUGCCUUACCUGGAGUAGUGGAGAUCAAUGAAUUUAGCAGCGUUUGGAUGUAAUGGCUACAAGGACUAAGUGGUACAGAAUACUACCUUCAUCUUGAAAAUGCUGGACUGGAUAUUAAAGAAUUGCUUUCUCUAUUUUUCCAAAUGUCUAAUAACCAGAUUGCAUUUUUUUUUUUUUUUUUUUUUUUAGACCUUUUCAAUGAGAUUUCAAACAGUAAAAUUCCAUGCCCUUUUAGCUUAGAACAAACUACAUUAGAAUCUGCCAUAUCCGAUUUUAUUGGUUUCAGGGGUCGGUCGGAUAUGUGAAAAUAUCAUAUCUCAGAGGGAGUUGCUGUACCAAGUUGUAGUUGUUUUAUUAACGUGGGGGCAUUAUAAAUGAACACAUUUGAGUACUGCAGUGUGUCUAAAACAACAAAGUACAGUACUGCAGAUGUACUAUAUCAAGAAAAUCAGUAGAAAUUACUGCAAAUAAAGUGCAGUCUUAAAAAUAAAGUACCGUAAUACAGUAUCUGGCAAUUUGCAAAACAGCAUUUGCACUGAAAGUGUGUUAACCUGAGACAAAUGGAGUUUAAAAAAGAAACACCCACACAAACACAAACUGUUUUUGAAGGUCAGCAAUGUUGUGAAAGUUUUUUUAGGUUUUAGGUUUCAAAAAAAAUUUUGAACAGUUAGUAGUUAUAUUAAUCCCUCAAAUUUCGUGUUGUUUUAAGUGAACUUAGUGACAGCUAACAGCAUGCAAGAGUUUCCCGAAGGCAAUGUCUUUCCACUGCCUCAAAGCAAAACCCCCCUCGUCUUUAUUCGUGGCUGGCUUUUAUAUGCUACUGAAUUCCUUCUGUCCUGAUAAGAGCUGAAUUUACUAUUUUAGAUAUAUAAUAAAACGUGCAUUGCUCAGUUUCCAUCAGCACCAUUCAGUUGGUAGCAGCAUGUGUAAAUAACGCAGACCAGAGGUCCAUCAGUCGAUAGAGGGGUUCAUGUCUUACAGGAUCAGUUAUUCUAGGUUCUACUGUACCCAAUUUAUUUAAAUAAACCCAAAAUCUGAAAAUAUCUGAAACAUUUGGUUAUUAAUAGCUGCCUUAUGAAAGUUUAUAUUUUAUGUUCUAAUAAAGCUCAUCUGAUAUUUUAACAGCGUGGAGUGUGUUUUAGUAUUGGUAGAAUUGUGUUGUUAUCAAUUAUUUACUUACAUAUAGUUAACAAAUUGAAGCAUUCUAUAAAAUACCAGGUUAAAGGUCCUUAAAACAGGUGUGCUCUACGUAGUUUCCUUUCUUUUUUUAGAUUGAAAAAAGCUCGACCACCUUGGCAAAACAAUGUCGGACAGGUUCACGGUGGGGUCAUAAAGAAUCUAUAGCUAUGGCCAAAGGUUUUGCAUAACCCAUUAAUAUGAACUAAUUUGGUUUCAUAGUUGAAUGAAGCCUGCUGAAUAAUGUCAUACCCCUUUGUCAUUUUUGUAAUUUUCCAUAUACUUCUGUGACAAA